AUGUCUCAAAAAAUAACACGAUUAAGACAAUUGUCUCACGAGUUGACACAUCUGCACGAGUCGGUGAUGAAAGACAAAGACUUGCAUUUAGGACAUCCAAUCGGUGUCUAUAAACUGAUUCAACGGAUGGCCACUGAAUGGCGUGAAGUGGACGAUAGGGUUAAACCAAACCAAGACUUAAUUCAAAUAAUCUCUCAAUACAUACAACACAUCAACACUAUUCACAAUUAUAGUCUAUCAGAUGCUGUGAGUGGUGUCAUUAAUUUGGUGAAGACAUACAAACUGGACGUAGGACUCGUGAGCACCGGUUUAAUUGAAUACAUGACCACUUUUGGUGAACAAAAAGUGUUUACCCAAACGGACACUAAUAUGUUAACAAGUUUUGAUUGUUUCACAAUUGGGAGACAAUCAUACGAUAGCCAACAAUACAUGGACUCAAUUCAAUGGUUAGAAACAGCUCUUAUGAGGGCCAGCAUUGAAGACAGUGGUGUGUCAAUGGAGUUGAGGGCAGAUAUACUCAAAUACAUGUCGUUAUCCUAUUAUAAACUUAAAGACUAUGAAGAAGCCAUUAAAUACAUGACGGAAUCCAUGAAUAUCACUGUAGACUCGGAUGAAAAUCACUCAUGA